AUGGACGCCGCCACAACUAAACCUCGGCUUGUGCCGUCGACACGAUUCGCGUUAUCAUUGGCUAUGUUCUUCGGAUGUCUUGUCACAUACAUGAUGCGUACAAAUAUGUCAUUCGCAGUUGUUUGCAUGGUUUCGGAGAACAAAACAGAUACUGGGGUGGAGAAGGUGUCGAGAUGCGGAAAAGAGAUGACACCGGUGGACUCAAAUAGUUCGGUGAUUGGAGAAUUCGAUUGGGAUAAAAAAACAACGGGAAUGGUUCUCUCCUCAUUCUUCUAUGGAUACAUUGGAAGUCAGAUCAUCGGAGGACAUUUGGCCUCUCGGUAUGGAGGAAAACGAGUCGUGUUCAUCACAAUUCUUGGAUCUUCUCUUCUCACUCUUGCCAACCCAGUCGCCGCUAGAACAUCAGAAUAUGCACUUGCAAUGCUGAGAGCUGCCAUUGGAUUCCUUCAAGGAGCAACUUUCCCAGCAAUGCACACAAUGUGGUCUGUUUGGGGACCCCCAUUGGAACUCUCCGUGCUCACUGGAGUUACCUACGCUGGAGCUCAGAUUGGAAAUGUGAUCGUGCUUCCAUUAUCCGGUUUCCUCUGCCAGUAUGGAUUCGAUGGUGGGUGGCCAUCUAUCUUCUACAUCCUCGGAGUGUUCGGAGUCAUUUGGUGUGCCGUUUGGUGGUAUAUUAGUUCCGACAAGCCAGCCACGCAUCCACGUAUUUCCAAAGAAGAGAAACAAUACAUUAUCACAUCGGUUGAAGCAUCAAUGGGAAAAGACACAGGAAAAGUACCAUCAACUCCAUGGAUCAAGAUUCUGACAUCUCCAGCUGUCUGGGCUUGCUGGGCUGGUCAUUUCGCAGGAGAUUGGGGAGCAUACACAAUGCUCGUUUCGCUUCCAUCAUUCUUGAAAGAUGUCCUCGGUUUGAAUCUUUCAUCGCUCGGAGCCGUCGCCUCAAUUCCAUAUAUGGCCUACUUCUGUGCCAUCAAUGCUGGUGGAAUUCUCGCUGACACAAUUCGAUCCAAAGGAAUUCUCUCAACGUUGAAUACCAGAAGAGCUGCUAUGCUUGUUGCUCUCGUUGGACAAGGACUUUUCCUCGUUCUGUCUGGAUAUUGCGGAUGUGGACAAGAUAUUCUUGUUAUUAUCUUCAUCACAUGCGGAAUGGCUGUUUCUGGUUUUCAAUAUGCUGGAUUCGUCGUCAACUAUUUGGAAAUUGCUCCACCAUUCUCCGGAACAGUUAUGGGAACUGGAAACACUAUUUCGGCACUUGCUGGAAUCAUUUCACCUGCUGUUACGAGUUAUUUGACGCCAAAUGGUACACAAGAAGAGUGGCAAGUCGUUAUGUGGCUGACUGCCGGAAUUCUGACAGCUGGAGCACUUAUCUUCUCUAUCUUUGCUUCUGGAGAAGUCCAACCAUGGGCUAAGUUGUCACCUGAAGAAGGUCACGAAAUGGCUCCAUUGAGAGAAGGAGAGAAGAUUGAGCUUGCUACUGCAUAG